AUGGAGCAGAAAAAAUCACACUCCACCUCGACAUUAGCGUCUGGUGCAACAGAUUACGAUACAUACAAGAUGUUGGAUCACGAUGACACGGUUAUAAAUGCCGCAGCCACACGAGUCAAUCGACGGUAUGAGCAGGAAAAGGCUGCCAUGUUGCAAGAGCAUUCUUCUUGUGCGCCAUGCAUUAUAUCUCAGCAUCCCGACUUGAGCUGCAGGAAAGAUCUUUAUGAUGAUACCACUAGUAGCAUCUAUACCCAUAGCACAACAAUCACACAUUCGUCAUCACCACCACCGCCACCCGAGUCGACAGUUGUAGCAUCUGCAACUACGACACACCAGCGGAAGCCAUCACAAUACAGCGAUUGGUUGCGAAGUGGUGGUACAUCGACUAUGCGCAAGAAGGUGACCAGCCAAGAGGUCAUGUUGAACCUCUUUAUCCAGCCCAACAGCGAAGUGGAUCGCAGGAAAGAAAAGGAUAGGCAGCAGCGAUUACAUUAUCUGCUAAAACGAAUUUGGCAAGUCAUCUAUCGUGCUGACCUCAAGGAUCCUGAGGUGAUUGUCAACUGGUGCUGUGGCAUUGGAUUAUGGGACAUGGAAAUGGCAACCUUGUUUCCUGAUGCCAAGGUGAUUGGUGUCGACUACAAGGAGGCAACGCUGUCGAACUUGCUGCAUGGCUUACCCAACUUGGAGUUUAGAUUUGCUGUGAUUCAUGAUACGUAUACUGGAUUGGAGUCAUUUGAAGACGACUCGGUCGAUUUCGUCAUUUUGAGAGACACAUGGCUGAUGAAUGCUCCUGUCUGGAAGUGGGAUAACUUGCUAAAGGCUAUUUACCGUAUAUUAAAGCCCGGUGGUUGGAUUGAAGUGGAAGAGCAUUCACUGGUGAUAGAAUCAGAAGGCCCUUACAGUCGUAAAUUGCACGCAUGGUUUGAUGUCUUUUUCAGUGAAAUUCAAGUCGAUAGGAACAUUGCAAAGAAACUAGACGGACACCUUGCGCGUGCUGGUUUCAUAGAUAUCAACAAACAAUCCGUCGCUAUACCAUUAGGAGAAUGGUGCUCUACAGAGUCUUUGCGAGAAACAGGCUUUCUGUUCAAGGAUCUCAUUGAAAGAAGAGUGCGCGUCUUGUCCAAGUGGAUUUGCCAGCUCAAUAAUCUAGACAUGAAGGACAUGAAUGCUACAAUUGCUACUGUGAUGGACGAGGAGAUUGAUCAGUACCAUUCCUGCAUCGACUGGCUGUCUUACACGGCAAGGAAAGCGCCCACCACAUCAUGCAGCAUGCCCCACAGUACUUUGGUACAAAAAGAAAAACACCCCCUCUCCUCCCUUUACAUCGACUCUUCCAAUACAACACCUCCACCACCUUCACCACCGCCGCCUUCUGUUGCGUAA